CCGACGAAGAAUGCGAAAGAUGGACUGCCCCGUCGACUUCAGUAUAGGAUGUGUUUCACGUACAAAAUACGUUUCUUAGCUGUUAAAGACGACUGCGUCCCGCCUCGUCGUUUGCCUCAAGCGCAGUGUUUUUUUUUAUUUUCAAAGGUAAGGGUACAUUCCUGACCCCUUCAUUCGGAAGAAAUUUAAGAGGGGGAGUCUACUAAAACAGACAGUGAGACUCGGUGCUCCGAAAUCCGAGACAGCCACCACCACCCAGCUCAUGGUGCCCUGGUCGUUUUGGAAUUAACAGUAAAGCAAAAACGCGCAUAAGUAAUAAUUGGUCAGCGGACGGAAUAAGCGCUUAACAUGUACGUAGUACGCCGCGUAAGGAGAGUUCCAGCUGGUUGCAAGGAGGGACGGUGCGCACCCAAGAACGAACACAACAAAGGGGGCGCUGAGUCCUGUCCUCUCUCCACAGCGUCCUGUUAGAGGCAUGACCGCCGCUGGAGCCGCUCGUGCCGCGGAGACCCCGGGGCCCCCUGGCUCCCGCCGGCGGCUGGGGCGGUUCCGCCUGCACCCCAGGAAGCGGGCGGAGGGGCCGGUUCGGGCCCGGCUGCGCAUCCGGUCCCCCCCGGGGGCCUUCCUGCUGCUGGGCGCGGUCGUGGUGACGGCGGGCGUGGCGGCGGCGGCCGUGGGGUACUGGCCGUACCGGGCGGCGCCGUUCGGCCAGGCGGGUGCGGAGGCGGACCCGGGUCGCCCGCAGGUGGCCGGGUGGGGCCCGGGGGGGGCCAGGGGGGGCCCCUUCUCCAGCGAGCGGCUGAAGCUGCUGGGGCCCGUCCUCAUGGGCGUGGGGCUCUUCAUCCUGAUAUGCGCCAACAGCGUGCUGUACGAGAACCGCGACCGUGAGAACCGCGACCGCGAGACGCGCCGCCUGCUGGCCCUGGCGGAGGCCGACGCCCGCGCCGUCCGCGCCGUCUCCGCCGCAGUGCCCAUCGAGGCGCCCGCUCGAGCCGACGGAACGCUCGAGCUCUACCGCUGGGCCACCCCCUUGCCCGCCGGCAGUCUCGGCCUCCGCCACCUGGGGGCGCUGACGGGCUCUGAGCCCGCCCUGCUGCUGCAGCCGCAGGCCGGAGAGGGCAAGUGGGCCGACGCGAGCCGCCCGCUGGCCGCCCGGCGGGCCGACGCCUGCGGGCCCUUUAAAAAGUCCUCCUCGCCCCCUAUCUCCGUGCGCUCCGUGGGCUCGGACUCCUGCGGCUCCGGCGAGCUCAACCUGACCGCGCUGACCGCCGCGUCGCUGGCGAGCCCGCCCCCUGACGGAGGCUGCCGUGAGGUCACUUCCCCUCCCCCCAGGCGCUGCUACAGCCUGGGCAGCAGGACGGAGCCCCGCCCGGGGAUGGGCGGAGUCCUCCAGCAGGCGUCCAGCCCCCAGGUGAGCCUGAACGUGCCGGACCUGCGCGCCUGGGCCGCGGACGGGGGCGGGGCCUCCGGCGCGCCCCGGGACCACCGCAGCUGGCCGCGGCUGGACCUCGGCGGCGCCCGGAGGUACCUGAAGCUGGAGAACAAGGAGGACUCGGUGGACAGGCUCCUGGACCGGCUGGAGCAGCAGCAUUCUCGCCAGGAGACGAGCUUCGGCUCGGGACCCUUCCAGUGAGGGACGGCCAUGUUGGCGAGGGCGGGCGGGGGGUGGGGUGGUGAUACAGAGGAAGCCAUCUUGGUGAGGGCGAUGUGCGAGAGCCAUGUUGGCGAGGACCGUUUUUUGGGUUGCCAUUGAGCAGAUGGAGAUUUACUCCUGGUGGAUUUAUGCACAUGUCACACGUAUAGUUAUGCAGCUCGGGGUAGCCAAUCGGGCUUCCUGACUGAGUUUGGAGGAACUGCCCCCCUCGUUCUCGCCACAUUAUUUCAGCUGGUCUGUCUUCUGGAACCUCCAAUCAGCAGGCUUUGCGCUUUGCGUGCUUCCCGGAGAGAACAGUCCUCACAGGCGGCCGGAUGCACACAGGAGCGCUGGCGGGGAGGCGAAGUGGAAUUGAUUUUGCCGUUUUUUUUUUUUUGUUUUUUUUUUUGACAACCGGGGCUGGGGCGGAAACAAAGUGCAGGCCCCACGCUGUCACGGGACGAGGAAUUGAUUGGGGGGCGCUGGCUUUUCCAGAAGGGCCGCUGCGUGGGGCUUUCCAUUAGCGAGAGGAACGAGCGUGGCCUCUGGUGCCAAAAAAAUGUCAGACGCUCCGUAGGCAGAGAGCGAGCGAUCGGAGCGGGGGGGGCGGGGGGGAUGGGGGGAUAACCGUCGCUGCUCUGUAAAGCAAUCCAAACAGAACCUCCGGACCAGGCUGUCCUGGGCCACCCAGGGUGCAGCCGGGACUCCUGAGGGGUGUUUGACUUCAGGACCGAAGCUGGUGCUUCCGUGCACCCGUGUGAAGAUCUAUGCAGAACGUUGGCCGUUUCCUCAGCCACAGUAAUAAAACACACUGUAUGCAUUUUGCUAUAAUUAUAUAUGAUAUGCAGUCCUUGGCAGACUAUCCGUUGAGUAUGCAAGAAGGCCAAGAGUCUCUCCCCCACCAGCAUGUCUUCCUUGUCCUCACCCUGCUCUAAAAUCAGGCUAAAACCCUGACCGGGUUGUUUUUGGGAGAGACCGCUUGCGGUCCUGUUGCGGUGUUCACUGGUCAUGAUGCUGUGCGUGACCGUCGUUUGUAUACUGAGCAGUGCCUGCCAGCCCGACGGGAGACUUUUUAUGACGGCGCUAGGCUAAUGCUACGACUGCUGAGUGGUCAGUUCGGUAGCGGUGAUGUACAGAGAGUCAGCAAUAAAAAAUAAGA